CAUGUAUUAUUAUUUAGAUAAGGUAUUAUUGAUGUGAUUUGAUAAGAUUUAUCCAAUACUAUUAAUUAUUCUCUUAUCUAUAAGAUAGGUGUUUUAUUUUGUUGGUAGUUUAUGUGUUGAUAUUUUAAUUUUAAUUACAUUUUCUUAUUCUAAUCAAAAUAUCUUAAUAUAAUCAAGAUUGAAUCAUAAUCAUUUUCAAACUUCAAAAUAUUUUUAAUUAACAAAUAUAUAUAAAAAUUUUUUAAAAAAUCAACUAUAUGUUAGCGUUAUAGAAAUUAGACAGUUGGAUUAAUUUUCAUUAUCAAUUCUCGCUAAUUAUUUAUUUUAAACUUUUUCUAAAUCAUUUUAGAACCUAUCACUAUAUNAUUAUAAUUUGAUGGUAUAAAUAAAUUAAUAUAAAAUAGGCGAUGAAUGGUAAGGAAUAUCAUAAGAAAUAAAAGAUUUCAUUAAAUCUUAAGUCUGUCCAGCUGAUAAGAGACUUUUACCAAAGGAAUUAUUAAACCAUAAAGUUAUUACUCAAUACAAUUAAAAAUUUGUCUAAGAUAAUAAAUUAUUAUCUAUGCUAACACUAAAUUAAUGGGUCAAAUAUCAUCCUAUAAGAAGACUAGCUCUCUUUUAUUUAGCAACACAACUAGAUUCAAGUGAGUUAGUGAAUUAGAAAAAUUGUUUUUUCUUCAUAAAUACUUCUCAAACUGGAUUAAUUACUUAAUAAGAAUUAUCAACUUAUUUAAAGGUUAAUAAGUAAGAUGUUCAAAAAUUAUGGCCUUAUAUUGAUUGUAAUAGUAAUGGCUUCUUAGAUUUUUUUGAAUUUGUAGCAUUAACACUCACAUAGUAAGAAUUUUAAAAGUAAUUACAAUUUAUGUUCGAUUUCUUAAGUUAGUAAGAUAAGGUUAUUUCAUAAAAGACUAUCAAAUAUAUUUUCGAUUAAAAUGCUAACUUUAAUAAUAAAUGGGAUAGUAUCUCAGAUACAAAAAAUCAUUUGGCUCUUGUCAAUCAACAUGAAUAAUAAAUCAAUAUCAAAAAUAUCUUAGAGAAAGAUAUGGAUUUUAAUGCCUUUAAAGCUUUAAUGUAAUGA